AUGAAUUUAGAAUAUUUUAAGAUGUUAUUGCUCAUAAAUGGGUGGGUACUAACGGAAGGAUCGCCUGUGGCAAUGUUGCAACACGCCACAUCGUCACAGAGUAUUGUAUUUCACCCGUCAACAUCUGCUACUUCCUCUCCAUCAGUUUCUGGUCAGUCUGAUGUAUAUGGUACGAAUGAGGCAAAAUAUGAAUACAAGUAUGAGGUGUCAGACCAUCAGACUGGUGAUAGAAAAAGUCACUGGGAGACCAGGGAUGGUGAUAGAGUGCGUGGAGUGUACACAUUGUAUGAACCUGAUGGUGCUUUGAGAACUGUUGAAUAUUCAGCUGAUGCUAUUCAUGGAUUUAACACAGUAGUAAAAAGGAAUGAACCCACACAACAUCAGCAUCCACGUCAUGAUUUUCCGCCUGCAACAUCCUCUAAUAAUAAUAUACAUAACAGUUACAACGCAUCUCCAAGUCUUGCUGCUCAUACAGAAGAAAGAAAUGGAUAUUCGAGUUCCAACAAUGACUAUAAACGUACUGGGUAUCCUGCGUCUAACGCUCCAUAUGAUUCAGCGAUUGGAUUCAGCGUAAACCAUUUGGAGAAAAAUAGUGGAAAUUCUUUUAAACUGUUUUAA